GUGGCAUAACGCAACAGAUUAAACAUGGAGAAUGAUAUUUCUGUACCAUGUGUCAAUCACGAUCCAUUGACUGUAGUCGGAUCUUGCAAAUUAUGUUCCAGAGAAUUGACUAAUGCAGAAUUGUUAUCAAUAGUAAUCAAAUGUGCCAAUUUUGUAGCAAUAAAACACAAGGAUCAGAGGAGAAAGGAUGAAAACGAAACACCAUAUAUAAAUCACCCAAUAGGAGUAGCAAAUAUUUUGGUACAAGAAGGCAAUAUUCAUGAUCCUGUUGUAAUUAUAGCAGCUCUUUUACAUGAUACUGUAGAAGAUACUGAUACUACAUUUGAAGAGAUAGAAACUCAAUUUGGUACAGAGGUUCGUAACAUUGUUAAGGAACUAACCGAUGAUAAAAGCUUACCAAAAGUGGAACGUAAAAGAUUACAAAUAGAGAAUGCCCCUAAAUGCAGUCACAAAGCUAAAUUGGUAAAGCUAGCAGAUAAAUUGUAUAAUUUAAGAGAUCUUCAAAAAGCUAUACCAGUUGGUUGGUCAGAAGAUAGAGUAAAAGAAUACUUUAAGUGGGCCAAAGCUGUGGUUGAUGGAUGUCGCAGAACUAAUUUUAAUCUAGAAAGAGAGCUAGAUCUAAUAUUUGCAAAGAAGGUAUCCCAAGAUAGAGAAAGUUGUACAUGUAAAAGGCCAUUGAUAUCAUAAUGUUAAUGUUUUAUUAAAACAAUAAUUUUGAAAUUGAACAUUGCAAAAUGUAAAAAAAGGUAAAAAUAUAUUUGAAGCAUUAAAUAUUACAUAAUAUUACGUGAUA